CCCCAUUUUUCUCGUUUUUCCCAUCUCGGUCACUCAUCCAAGAUAAGCUGAGCUGAGCAGAGGUGACCCCAUGCCCGCCGCGGCCGCCGUCCACCUCGCGCCGCUUCCCGCUCGAGCACAGCCCCACCCCCACUCUACCAACCCUCCUCCGCCGCCGGCAAAGCCCACCGCCGCGUCACUCCCGCAAUGGAACGCGCUCCUCGCCGGCCACUCCCGCGCCGGCCGCCACGCCGACGCCCUGGCCCUCCUACCGCCGCUCCUCGCCGCCUCCGAGGGCCUCGCCCCGGACAGCUUCACGCUCCCUCCCGCCGCCAAGUCCUGCGGCUUCCUCCGAGACGGCGCGACUACGGGGCGCCAGGUCCACGCGCUCGCCGCCAAGCUCGGCCUGGCCAGCCACGACCCCUUCGUCGCCAACUCUCUCGUCUCGAUGUACGGCCGGUGCGGCCGCGCCGAGGACGCCGAGAAGGUGUUCGACGGGAUUCCGACCGCGUCCAGGAACCUCGUCUCCUGGAACGCGCUCAUGGCGGCGCUCUCGGCCAACCCGCGCCGAGCCAUCGAGGUGUUCCGGGACUGCCUGGUCGAUCUUUCAGAGGCCGCACCGGACGAGGCCACGCUGGUGACGGUGCUCCCGAUGUGCGCCGCGCUCGGGUGUCCGGGGACAGGCAUGGCGGUGCACGGCCUCGCGGUGAAGUCUGGGUGGGACGCGGCUGCGCGCGUGAGCAACGUGCUCGUCGAUAUGUACGCCAAGUGCGGCGAGCUCGCCAACGCCGAGCGCGCGUUCCUCCGGGCAUCCGAGGGCAACGUCGUGUCCUGGAAUGUGAUGCUCGGCGGGUACGCGAGGAACGGCGAGGCCGGCGCUGCGUUCGGGCUGCUGCGUGAGAUGCAGCAGACGGAGGAACGCGGCGUGCCAGCCGAUGAGAUCACCGUGCUGAGCGUCCUGCCGGCCUGCUCAGGGCCGCCGGACCUGCCCAAGCUGAGGGAGCUGCAUGCCUUUAUCAUCCGUAGAGGUCUGGACUGGACCGGCGGCAAUGACAUGGUGCCGAAUGCUCUGAUGGCAGCCUAUGGGAGAUGUGGAUGCUUGCUCCAUGCCAGCCAUCUCUUUACUAGCAUCCGGAGCAAGACGGUGAGCUCAUGGAACACGCUGAUCGGCGCCCACGCCCAGAACGGUGAGGUGAACACCGCGAUCGAGCUGUUCCGUCAGAUGGCUAGGGAUUGUGGACUGAAGCCUGACUGGUUUAGCAUUGGGAGCUUGCUCUUGGCAUGUGGCAACCUGAAGCAUUUGCUCCAUUGCAAGGCCACCCAUGGGUUCAUCCUCAGGAAUGGGCUGGAGAGGGAUUCCUUCAUCCGGUCCUCGCUCCUCUCGGCAUACAUCCAAUGCGGGACGGUGUCUUUGGCUCGUUUGCUCUUCGAUGAUGAUGCGGUGGAGAACGAAGAGGUGUCAUGGAACACCAUGAUUGCUGGUUACUCACAGAACGGACUACCCAGUGAAGCACUCCAGCUCUUCAGGGAGAUGCAAUCCAAUGUAGCAAGAGGACACCGGCCAUUACUGAUAUCAGCAACAAGCGCCUUGAUGGCUUGCUCAGAAUUACCAGCUGUUCGAUUAGGGAAGGAGAUGCAUUGUUUUGCCCUGAAAGCCAAUUACUGCGAGGACUCGUUCCUAUCAAGCUCACUGAUAGGCAUGUACUCAAAGUGCGGAUUUGUGGAUGAUGCCAGGGCAUUUUUCGACCGGUUGGAGGCGAAAGACGCUGUCUCGUGGACGGCGAUGAUCACCGGAUACGCCGUCAAUGGUGCUGGGAAGGAAGCUGUUGAGCUGUAUGACAGGAUGAGGAGGGAGGGGGUGGAACCUGAUGAGUUCACCUACCUUGGCCUACUGGUGGCGUGUGGCCAUGCCGGAAUGUUGGAGGAGGGGCUACAUUUAUUCGAGGAGAUGAGAAACCAUUGUGAAACAGAGGCAAAGCUAGAACACUAUGCCUGCGUUGUCGGCAUGCUGAGCCGAGGAGGGCGCUUUGCCGAUGCCGUGGCGCUCAUGGAGGAGAUGCCGGAGGAGCCCGAUGCCAAGGUACUGAGCUCGGUGCUCUCUGCCUGCCACAUACAUGGAGAGGUUGAGCUGGGAAUGGAGGUUGCUGAGAGGCUGCUUGAGCUGGAACCCGACAAGGCCGAGCACUAUGUCCUCGCCUCCAACAUGUACGCCGGAACUGGCCAGUGGGAUGAGAUGAGGAAGGUGAGGAAGAUGCUCAGGGGCGCUGGCGUCGCCAAGGAGCCGGGCUGCAGCUGGAUCGACGUUGCGGGCAAGGUGUACAGCUUCGUCGUUGGAGAGAACUCGCUCCCUGAGAUGGACGAGGUAUGGAGGAUGUGCCACGGUCUCGAACAGAGGAUCCGUGAGAUCGGAUACGUUCCCGACACCACGGUCGUGCUCCACGAGCUGGAGGAGGAAGAAAAGGUGGAGGCGCUGCGAUGGCACAGCGAGAAGCAGGCCAUUGCGUUCGGGCUGCUGAGGACAGCCGGGCCGGCGAAGGUUAGGGUGUUCAAGAACAUCAGGAUGUGCAAGGACUGCCAUAAUGCUGCUAAGCUGAUCUCCAAGGUAGUAGAGAGGGAGAUUGUGGUUCGGGACAAGAAGAGGUUUCAUCAUUUCAGGGACGGGAAAUGUUCCUGUGGCGACUACUGGUGACUAGAAUGGAAUGAAAGUUUGUUAAAACCAUAAUCACCGUCCAAAAGUUUUUGAGAAA